AUGGUAAUUUUUUCUGAAUUUACUCGUGACCAUUAUAUAAUUAAUAUCCCAUUGCAACCAGUUAAUAAUCUGUGCUUUAGUCUUCAUUUUCGGGCCUUGCAGGCUUACAAUUUAGGAACAACAUCCUACUUCGUCGACUUGAUAUAGAAAAAGGGAAGGCGAAUAAAACCAAGAAAAUCUGUGCCUAAUCCCUAGUCCAGAGCAAGAGACAGAAUCAUCAUUGAUUUAGACCCUCAGCGCAGAUAGUCCGACUGUCAUAUUGAUAUGGCUUAGACCGCUAGAGCAAUUUUACAAAAAGAAGAUUAAAAUGGACUAGAAAAAUUAUUUAGAAUGGAUGAACUUCUUAAGGCGCUAAAAGACAGAAAUGAAUACUCAUAGCCUGCAAUAGUAAUAGAGAAAUUCACGACAGGAAAAGAUAGCAAUUCUGAUUUAGACGACACCAGUAAACCAAACUCUAUUAACAUAAGCUCAUAAGACUGCUUGAUAAUGAAUACAUUUAAUGAUAAUACAAAGUCCUCAGUCAAAGAACGAAUUGAAUCAACUCCUUUUAAGAAAUCCUCCUUUUAUAAUAAUAAAAAUGAAUUACUUCCAUAAAUGCCAAUAAAUUAACGAUCAAGAUUAUAAAGCCCUAAAACUCACCGACAGAUUGAGUAAAUUAGACCAAGCCCAUUAGUCCUCGAGAAAAUCAGAGGGUAAUUAGACAAGAGACUACCUAAAAUAUCAACACCAACUAUCUCCCCAUUUACUUUAGAGUUCAGUAAGAAAUAGAAGUGGAAGAAAAUUUCAAGAAUGAUAUAGCUUGCUUAAGAUGACGAAGCCAUUAAGAAUAAUCAGGUCUAUCUAGAAUCUUCUUAAAUAAAUUCGGCCAGCGGAACGAAAAAAUUCCUCUAGAGAAUCGAAGAUGAAAUCGGAUUUUCAAAAUAGUAAUUCGCAACUAAACCUUCAUUCAUGAAACAGAAUUUCAAACCAGAAACACAUAAAAAAUAUAGAGAAGCAGGAGGUGUAGCCAUGACCAAUAGACAAGCUGAAGUACUGUAAAGUUUCCAUGAUUAUGAAUAUGCCUUAGUGUGA